GUUAGGAGAGGGUUUGGCCGGGGUAGGCCGUCAUUGUAAAAUAAUAAUUUGUUCUUGACUGACUUGCCUGCUUAAAUAAAGGUUAAAUAAAAAAUAAAUACAAUUGGGAGGACGGGCUCGUGGUAAUGGCUGGAGCGGAUUAAGCGGAAUGGUAUCAAAUACAUCAAACACGUGGUUUCCAUGGUUUCCAUGUGUUUUGGCGCCAUUCUAUUCACUCCGUUCCAGCCAUUAUUAUGACCCGUCCUCCACUCAGCAGCCUCCACUGAUAAAGGCCUUUGUCCUUAGACCAUGUUGUCUUAUUUACUUGACAGCAGUAAAGGGCUCAGCCGUCAAGGGGUAGACUCCCAAAGCUGCCAAGGGGACUGCCAUCACUGCCAUGUUAUUUUGGUUUAAUAAAAGCAGCAUAGCAACUCUACUCGUUCAUUUUGCAUUACGUUACCUUUGUAAUUUGGAGUGGUUAAAAGCAGCAUUGAUGUCCAAGGCAAUUAGCUAAUCCCACGUCCUUAUCUAGGGGGGAGUGAAUCCCAAAUGCCACCCUAGUCUCUAUGUAGUAGAUUACUUUUGACCAGUGCUCUGGUUAAACAUAGUGUUCUAUAUAAGAAAUAGGGUUCCAUUUGGGAUGUACCCUUAAUCUUGAAUGGCGUAAUGGGAUUAUAGGGGUUGUCUACUGCCACUGUGUGUCAACGACUGGUAGUUUAAAUCAUUCAACUGUAACAGUACAGUCUUCUCCUCAGCGACAGCACUGGUAUGUUGGAUUUGGGAGCUGCAAAGAAGCAGACGCCUGUCUGUGUAGAGGGGUGUGGCAUUUGACAAUGGACUAUUGAAUAAGAGAGAGAGGGAGAGAGGGAAGAGACCUUGUAGCUUGAUAGAAACGGGGGACCGUAGCGACCGUGCCAUGGAAGGGUCAUACAACGCAAAGAAAGUGCUUCCUCAGCGGCCAGGAUUUCGGCACCAUAGAAAAGAGAACUAUGUGUGCCGUGACGUCCUGUCCCGGCAGUCUACAGAGUGUAGUGAGGUCCAGGAAGUGAGCCAGUCCCAGCUGCAGCAGCCCAGGGUGAAGCUGAACGGCUCCACGGUGGAGACUCCCAGUCACCACGACCUGCACCGUGAACUGUUGGUCAGCACCAAACGAGGUCUGUUGCCAGGAGAGAAGCCUGAGCUGAAGCGAGUCCUGGAACAGAGGAGGCUGGAGCAGCACAGAGAGCAGGAACUGGCUCUACAGCCUCCUCUGGAACUGGAGACUGAGCUACGCAAGAGACAGCAGAUACUACUGGAGUAUGAGCAGGAGGAGAUCAGGCGCCGGGAGGAGCAGGAGAGAGAAGUCCCUGAGUUUGUACGCGUGAAGGACAACCUGAGGCGCACACAGAUGUCUGGGCAGUGACGACCACUUGACGUUCCGUCCCUUCCCAUCAGCCCCCGCCUCUCACCACGGAGGCCUGGCUGCGGCCCGUUUCUUCACCCAAGAGUCCAAGGAGUGCACUUGUUCACCUCCCUCACCACAAUGGUUCUGCCAUUGCAAUGAAUCCAUCCUCCUGUUUCUCCCUCCACCAGCCUCCACUGCGAUCCAUAUCCUACAGCUAUAUGAUGAAGACCAACUUCACUGCAGCAAGUUAUUGAAAAGACUACUCCUAGGACUGAUAUGCAUCUCUUGCUGGACUGUUAUACUGUGUGGAAAAAGGCAAAUAAGCAAUGUAGGAAAACCAGUCAGUAGGUUUGAUAUAAAGAAUGUGAGUGAAAAUACAUAAACUCAGCAAAAAAAGAAACAUCCUCUCACUGUCACCUGCGUUUAUUUACAGCAAACUUAACGUGUAAAUAUUUGUAUGAGCAUAACAAGAUUCAACAACUGAGACAUAAACUGAACAAGUUCCACAGACAUGUGACUAAGAGAAAUGGAAUAUGUGUCCCUAAACAAAGGGGGGUCAAAAUCAAAAGUAACAGUCAGUAUCUGGUGUGGCCACCAGCUGCAUUAAGUACUGCAGUGCAUCUCCUCCUCAUGGACUGCACCAGAUUUGCCAGUUCUUGCUGUGAGAUGUUACCCCACUCUUCCACCAAGGCACUUGCAAGUUCCCGGACAUUUCUGGGGGGAAUGGCCCUAGCACUCACCUUCCGAUCCAACAGGUCCCAGACGUGCUCAAUGGGAUUGAGAUUCGGGCUCUUCGCUGGCCAAUGCAGAACACUGACAUUCCUGUAUUGCAUAAAAUCACGCACAAAACGAGCAGUAUGGCUGGUGGCAUUGUCAUCCUGGAGGAUCAUGUCAGGAUGAGCCUGCAGGAAGGGUACCACAUGAGGGAGGAGGAUGUCUUCCCUGUAACGCACAGCGUUGAGAUUGCCUGCAAUGACAACAAGCUCAGUCCGAUGAUGCUGUGACACACCGCCCCAGACCAUGACGGACCCUCCACCUCCAAGUUGAUCCCGCUCCAGAGUACAGGCCUCAGUGUAACUCUCAUUCUUUCGACGAUAAACGCGAAUCCGACCAUCACCCCUGGUGAGACAAAACCGCGACUCGUCAGUGAAGAGCACUUUUUGCCAGUUCUGUCUGGUCCAGCGACGGUGGGUUUGUGCCCAUAGGCGACGUUGUUGACGGUGAUGUCUGGUGAGGACCUUCCUUACAACAAGCCUACAAGCCCUAAGUCAAGCCUCUCUCAGCCUAUUGCGGACAGUCUGAGCACUGAUGGAGGGAUUGUGUGUUCCUGGUGUAACUCGGGCAGUUGUUGUUGCCAUCCUGUACCUGUCCCGCAGGUGUGAUGUUCGGAUGUGCCGAUCCUGUGCAGGUGUUGUUACACGUGGCCUGCCACUGCAAGGACGGUCAGCUGUCCGUCCUGUCUCCCUGUAGCGCUGUCUUAGGCGUAUCACAGGACGGACAUUGCAAUUUAUUGCCCUGGCCACAUCUGCAGUCCUCAUGCCUCCUUGCAGCAUGCCUAAGGCACGUUCACGCAGAUGGGCAGGGACCCUGGGCAUCUUUCUUUUGGUGUUUUUCAGAAUCAGUUGAAAGGCCUCUUUAGUGUCCUAAGUUUUCAUAACUGUGACCUUAAUUGCCUACUGUCUGUAAGCUGUUAGUGUCUUAACGACCGUUCCACAGGUGCAUGUUCAUUAAUUGUUUAUGGUCCAUUGAACAAGCAUGGGAAACAGUGUUUAAACCCUUUACAAUGAAGAUCUGUGAAGUUAUUUGGAUUUUUACGAAUUAUCUUUGAAAGACAGGGUCCUGCUAAAGGGCUGUUUCUUUUUUUUGCUGAGUUUCGGUCUACUGUAAACAAUGUGUAUGUUAAGGACAAAUAUCUUAUUUUAUUUAUGAAUAGAUGUUUUUCUUUUUCUACGUUUUUUAAAUAAUAUUACUAGAAAAAUUAUUCACUUUUAGUUUGGAAGUCUGUAUUCAACACACACAAUUGGUUUACAGCAGCAUGGCGUCAAAAUGUGGUGUGUGUGUUCAUUUUAAUUUGUUAAUUUUUUUCAAAGGCCAUAUAUUAAGUAUAAGUUACUCCACUAUUGGACACAGGGCAAUGACUGGAACUCUGAAUUCUCUGUAUGCAAUGCAGUUAUUUUCUAUUUUCAGUUGACACUCAUAGAGCUAAACCCCCAUAGUGGCAGAUGUUAUGUGUAUUAGUCCUAUUCGUUUAAUUCAAUUGUUUGUUUGUCUGUUGUUGUUGUGGUUGUUCCUUUUCUUUUUUUUAGCAAUAAAGAUUU